AUGAACAUUUAUGAAGUUAUAUUCAAACCCCUUCGAGCUUCCAUCCAAUCUCUAUUAACCCACGUGUCCAUUUCAUGGAACAAGUUAAGGACUACAGCCACACCACACGAUCAAAACGAGAUCACCAGGAAAGUGUUUGUGACCUUUAGAGAGAUAAACAUGGUGAUGACCCAACUAGGUUUCCAGCAGUGCUGCGGUGAAGAGGGUAGUAUUGACAUUUUGUCGGUGUUCGAUGAGGAGGAACCAAGUAUGGGUGAAGUGAAGGUCACUUUUGAUAUGUUUGAUGAGAACUCAGAUGGAUUUAUCGACGAGUUUGAGUUGCAAAGAAUGUUGUGCAAGUUUGGACAACCAGAAAACGAAAACUUGGAGAAAUGUAGAAAUAUGAUCAAAGGAUUCGAUUUGAAUGGCGAUGGAUUCAUUGAUUUUGAAGAAUUCGUUAGACUCAUGGAGACUUGUUUCUAA